GUACAACGUAAAGCUUACCCUGCACCAAGUUCAUAACCAAAUUAAUCCAACUCAAAAUUGUUUAGCAAUAUAUGAUGAUGGUUCCCAAAAUAUUCUGUCUGCUUCAGUUCUUCACUCUCUUAUAUCUCCCUACAGAAACUUUUGCUUCCACGGAGGAAGAAACUGCUCUCCUAAAAUGGAAAGCAACUUUACAAAACCAGAAUAAUUCCUUAUUGGCUUCAUGGAGACCAAGUUCUAAUGCAUGCGGGGAUUGGCACGGAGUUAUAUGCUUUAAUGGUAGGGUAAACGGGCUGAAUAUUACAAACGCUAGUAUCAUUGGUACCCUCUAUGAUUUUCCAUUUUCAUCACUCCCUUUUCUUGAGUAUCUUGAUCUUACGAUGAACAAUUUCUAUGGGACCAUCCCAGCUGAGAUUGGUAAUCUCACUAAUCUUAUCUAUCUCGACUUGCGCAUCAAUAAGAUUUCAGGCACAAUCCCACCACAAAUAGGCUCACUAGCCAAGCUUCAGACCCUCCGCAUAUUUGACAACCAUUUAAAUGGUUCCAUUCCUUCAGAAAUAGGUAACCUACGGUCUCUUACUACCCUAUCUUUGGGUACUAACUUUCUUAAUGGUUCUAUCCCUAUUUCAUUAGGGAACUUGACCAAUUUGUCUUUUCUAUAUCUUUAUAGAAAUCAGCUUUCUGGCUCCAUUCCUAAAGAAAUAGAUUAUCUAAGGUCUCUUACUAAGCUAGAUAUGCGUACUAACUCACUUAAUGGUUCUAUUCCUGCUUCAUUGGGGAAUUUGAACAACUUGACCUAUUUGCAUCUUUUUGAUAAUCACCUUUCUGGCUCUAUUCCUAAACAAAUAGGUUACCUAAGGUCUUUGACUACACUAUCUUUGGGUUCUAACUCUCUUAAUGACUCUAUUCCUGCUUCAUUCGUGAACUUGAACAACUUGUCACUUUUGUAUCUUUAUAAAAAUCAGUUUUCUGGCUCCAUUCCUGAAGAAAUGGGCUACAUAACGUCUCUUACUGAGCUAGAUUUGAGCACCAACUCUUUUAGUGGUUCUAUUCCUGCUUCGUUGGGGAAUUUGAACAACUUGUCUCUUUUGUAUCUUUAUGAUAAUCACCUUUCUGGCUCCAUUCCUGAAGAAAUAGGUUACCUAACGUCUCUUACUGAGCUAGAUUUGAGUAAUAACUCUUUUGGUGGUUCUAUUCCCGCUUUAUUGGGGAAUUUGAACAACUUGUCCCAUUUGUAUCUUUAUAAUAAUCACCUUUCUGGCUCUAUUCCCAAAGAAAUAAGUUACAUAACGUCUCUUACUAAGCUAGAUCUGAGCAAUAACUCUCUUAAUGGUUCUAUUCCUUCUUUAUUGGGGAAUUUGAACAACUUGUCCCUUUUGUAUCUCUAUGAUAAUCACCUUUCUGGACCCAUUCCUCAAGAAAUAGUUUACCUAAGGUUUCUUUCUAAGGUAGAUUUGGCUACUAACUAUCUUAAUGGUUCUAUUCCUGCUUCGUUGGGGAAUUUGAACAACUUGUACCUUUUGUAUCUUAAUGAUAAUCACCUUUCUGGCUCCAUUCCUUCAUCUAUUUGCAAUUUAACAUCACUACGAAUUCUAGAUUUAUCGAGAAACAAUCUUAAGGGAGAAAUUUCGCAAUGUUUUGGCAACAUGAGUGGUUACCUUGAGGUUUUGGAUAUGCAGCACAACAAUCUUUCAGGGACUGUUCCAACAACUUUUAGCAUUGGAAGUGUACUCAGAAGCUUCAACUUGCAUAGCAAUGAACUAGAGGGGAAAAUUCCCGUAUCUUUGGCCAAUUGCAAAGAGUUGCAAGUUCUUGAUUUAGGAGACAAUCAUCUCAUAGACACAUUCCCAAUGUGGUUGGGAACUCUUCCAAAGCUACAAGUUUUAAGCUUGAGAUCAAAUAAAUUGCACGGACCCAUUAUAACUUCAAGGAAUGAAAGCAUGUUUGUUGAGCUUCGCAUCAUCGAUCUCUCUUGCAAUGACUUUUCGGGAAACUUACCGACGAGUUUGUUUCAACAUUUGAAAGGCAUGAGGACAAUUGAUCAAAUAAUUAAGUCACCAAGCUAUAUCGGAGAUGGAUAUUACCACGAUUCUACAACUAUAGCAACCAAAGGUCUAGAGCUUGAACUUGUCAAAAUUUUGACUAUUUACACCGCUAUUGAUAUUUCAAGUAACAGAUUUGGAGGACAUAUUUCAAGUAUUAUGGGAGAUCUUAUUGCACUUCGGGUGUUAAAUUUAUCUCAUAAUGAAUUUCAAGGUCAUAUACCACCAUCACUUGGAAAUUUAUCUGUAGUUGAAUCAUUGGACCUUUCAUUUAACCAGCUUUCGGGAGAGAUACCACAACAACUUUCUUCUCUUACUUCUCUUGCAUUCUUAAAUCUCUCCCAUAAUUAUCUCCAAGGGUGCAUUCCUCAAGGACCUCAGUUUGCUACAUUCCAAAAGAACUCAUAUGAAGGUAAUGAUGGAUUACAUGGAUUUCCAGUUUCAAAAAGUUGUGGCAAUGAUUGGAUACCAGAGACAAAUUAUACCGGAUCUAUUCUAGAUGAUCAAGAAAGCAACUCUGAAUUUUUGAAAGAUUUUUGGAAAGCUGCUCUUAUGGGCUAUGGAAGUGGAUUGUGUAUUGGAUUAUCCAUAAUAUAUUUCAUUAUUUCAACUGGAAAUCUGAAAUGGCUUGCAAGAAUCAUUGAAGAACUAGAGCACAAAAAUAUUAUGCGAAGGAGAAAGGUGCAGCAAAGUCAAAGGAAUAGCAGAAGAAGAAAUAACCCCGUGUAGUCAAGUUACUAAUCGAGCGAAAUUUGAUUUCAGAACUUCAGGUGCUUCGAGGAGCAUUUGGUGGAAUGGUCAACGGAUAUGCAAUGAUAUAAGAUGCUGGAUUUGAUUUUUAAUUUCUUUUUAGAUUUAUAUAUAAGUAAGAUUUUUCUUCUUCCUUUCAUUAACUUGGGAAAACGUAACUUUAUGAAUUUUGUGUGUAAGAUUAUAAUGUAUUGAAUGAAGUAUGCAUUUUUUGGA